CCGGGCUAUCCGCAUUCUUCACCUCUUGAAACCCUUGCGCAACAGAUUUGAAUAUAUAAAGUGCUGCGUUUCGUAGUUGGUGUCGAAAAGUUUUAAUACCUGACACAGUAUUCGGCCGGCCUCGUUGCACAUCGAAUCCUUCGCUCGCCUUUCCAGGGAUCAUCCUCACCAUCUUGCCUCACUUACCGUUUAGAAGUCUCCGGACAUCAAUCAGAAUGGCCGGCUCCGGCAAUCGCAAGUCUGUAUCGAACUCGUCCGACUUCCCGCUCGCAGGCGUCACCCGGGACGGGUGGUCCACGGACGACCGAGCAACUGCGACGUGUUAUUGUGGCACGGUGCAGUUAUCCUUCCCGACCCAGGGCCCAGGCCUCGGGGGCCGCUUCGUGUGCCACUGCCAUGACUGCCGCAAGAUCACGGCGUCCAUGUUCGCCUCGAACUUCACCAUCAACGACGAGUACCUCGUCCACGAGCGGGGGCGUGACAAGCUCAGCACGUUCAGCCAGUGCAACUCCAUUCCCAACAAUCGCACCAUGACCAACUAUUUUUGCAGCAACUGCGGUACGCUCAUGUACCGUGUGGGCAGCGGGUGGCCCGGAUACAGCAUCUUGCGGAUUGGCACGGUGGAUGAUGUCAGUCUGCACGAGACAAAGCUUCGACCGCAGGUAGAGCAGUUUGUGGACUGUAGGGUUGGGUGGUUGCAGGACGCGAAGGGGAAGGACGGAGCUGGAAAGAUGGAGCAGGCUGGAAGGCAGUUUGCGGAUUUUGAGAGGAGUGCUGUUAAUCCUGAGCCAGCAGGCUCAAAGGGAAGUGCUGGCGCAAAUAGCAUUUUGUAGGUCAGUGUUCUAGAGUGAGCUUCAAUGGAUUAUGACUUCUUGUGAUGCCAUCAA